UGUGUUAACCGUGAGGGAGAAAAUUCUGGAAGAAUUGCUCCAGGCGGGGAAGGUUUAGUUUAGGUAAAUUUUCAUUAGGUGUUGUGAUCUCGCAUUCCUUUACGAUGGCUUUAUCAGUUCCCAAAUCAAUGAUUCAAUCUAUGAUGAAAGAUGGUGCAAAGUCUUUCCGUGGUCUUGAAGAAGCUGUAUACAGAAAUAUAGAAGCAUGUCGACAAUUAACAAAAAUUUUACAAUCUUCAUAUGGUCCAAAUGGUAUGAACAAAAUGGUAAUUAAUCACUUGGAUAAAUUAUUUGUGACAAAUGAUGCAGCGACAAUGUUGCGUGAACUUGAAGUUCAACACCCUGCCGCCAAAAUGUUGUUGUUUGCUUCACAAAUGCAGGAACAAGAGAUGGGAGAUGGUACAAAUUGGGUGCUGAUGUUUGCAGGAGCUCUUUUAAAUAGUGCUGAAGAGUUGUUGAAAAUGGGAUUAUCACCUGCAGAAGUUAUUGAAGGAUAUGAUAUGGCAUGUAAUAAAGCUUUAGAAAUUUUACCAGAGUUGGUUAGUUAUACUGUUAAAGAUUUACGGGAUGCUAAGGAAGUAGCCAAAGCAAUGAGGCCAGUGGUAGCGAGUAAACAGUAUGGAAAUGAAGAAUUUUUAUCAGAACUUAUAACUAAAGCUUGUCUAAGUGUUUAUCCGGCCAAUGGUCAAUUUAACGUAGAUAAUGUUCGUGUUCAGAAGAUCAUGGGCUCUGGUAUAUACUCAUCAGACAUUGUUAAUGGAAUGGUUUUUAAAAGAUUUGUUGAAGGAGAUGUAACGAAAGUAACUGAUGCAAAGAUAUGUGUAUUGUCGUGUCCUCUUGACUCGAUGACAACAGAAACUAAGGGAACUGUUUUAAUCAAGAACUCAGAAGAACUAAUGAAUUUCAGUAAAGGGGAAGAGGAUCUUUUGGACUCCCAAAUCAAAGCUAUUGCUGAAACAGGUUGUAACGUGAUAGUGACAGGAGGCAAGGCUGCGGAUAUGGCUCUUCAUUUCUGCAACAAAUACAAAAUCAUGGUUGUUCGACUCAUGUCAAAGUUUGACCUCAGGCGCUUGUGCAGAGCGACGCAAGCAACAGCGUUACCACGCAUUACACCACCCACCCCAGAGGAGGCUGGUAAAUGCGACAGUGUGGCGCUUGCGGAAAUCGGCGAUACCCCUGUUGUAAUUUUCAAACAAGAUCGUGAGGAUAACGCCGUUGCAACAAUUGUGAUUCGAGGAUCCACGACGAAUAUUAUGGACGAUAUUGAACGGGCGGUGGACGAUGGCGUAAAUUGCUUUAAAGCUUUAACACGUGAUGGAAGGAUGUUGUCUGGAGCAGGUGCAGUGGAAAUGGAACUAGCUCAAAGAAUUGCCAGUUAUGGGCAGACCGUACCUGGCUUGGAACAGUAUGCUAUCAAAAAAUAUGCCGAGGCGUUUGAAAUUGUUCCACGCACGAUGGCUGAAAAUGCAGGAGUAAAAGCUACAGAGUUGAUAUCAAAUUUAUAUGCAGCACAUAACAAUGGCGAAAAGAACAUUGGUUUUAACAUCGAGGGAGAAGGAUCAGCAACACAAGAUUCUCUGGAGGCUGGCGUUCUUGAUGCUUUUCUCGUGAAGUACUGGGCGAUUAAGUUUUCCAGUAAUGCUGCUAGUACCGUACUGCGAGUGGAUCAGAUUAUAAUGGCAAAACAAGCUGGUGGCCCUAAACCAAAAACAAACCCUGAUUGGGACGAGGAUUAAGCAGGUGUAUUUGUGAUUAGACCUGACGAAACUUGCUGCCUGGUUUGUCGUCAUUUUCCUGUGAAAGACAGUCGUGAAUUGUAUAUUUCGUGAAAACCUGUACAAUUUUUUGAUCUUAUUAUAUUACAACACCAAAUAAAUUUACAAAAAUUUUA